UCUAUGAAAGAGAAAAAGGCACACAAAAGCAAAAACUCUGUAAUGUAAUGAAAAGCAGGCUACAACUCUGUCACUAGCAAUUAAUAUUAUCUCUAAAGUUUCUAUUUUUACCUAAAAAGAACCCUUUUGAUAGUGUUCUUGGUUUCUGUUUUUCUGUUCUAAAUCUUGUUUCUUUGCUAUAGAUUCUUUUUAUUUUUUAUUUUGUUGUAGUUCUUGCUGAUCAAGUUGUGUAUAUUAUAAAGUACUUAACUUUCUUGAAAAUGAACCCAUAGAUUGAGUUCAAGAACAUGAGAAAAAUUGAUUGAUUGAUUGAUUUUGGACUUAAUCUUGAAAGAAGUGGAUUUGGAAAAAAGAUUGGAUCUUGGAAAGUUAAUUAAUAAAAUAAAUAAAUGGGUUGCUUCUCCUGUUUUGAUUCAAAAGAGGAGGAAAAGUUGAAUCCCCAAAAAGAUAGAGAUGAUCACAAGGAAGUUAAUCACACUGCCCCUUCAAAUAUUUCUAGAUUAUCUUCAGGAGCCGACAGACUCAAAACAAGAAGUACCAAUGGUUCAAAGAGAGAAUUUUUGGGGCCAAAGGAUGCGCCCGAUGUUCAGAUUGCUGCACAUACGUUCACUUUCCGUGAGCUUGCAGCUGCUACUAAUAACUUCAGGCCAGAAUCUUUUAUAGGUGAAGGAGGGUUUGGUCGUGUGUAUAAAGGGCAGCUAUCUAGCGGUCAGGUCGUUGCAGUUAAGCAAUUGGAUAGGAAUGGGCUUCAGGGGAAUAGAGAAUUUUUAGUUGAGGUUCUUAUGCUUAGUCUUCUUCAUCAUCCUAACUUGGUGAAUUUACUUGGUUACUGUGCUGACGGGGAGCAGAGGCUUCUUGUCUAUGAGUUCAUGCCUUUGGGAUCAUUGGAGGAUCAUCUUCAUGAUCUCCCUCCUGAUAAAGAGCCACUAGAUUGGAACACGAGAAUGAAGAUUGCAGCUGGUGCAGCAAAAGGUUUGGAGUACCUUCAUGAUAAGGCGAACCCUCCUGUUAUUUAUAGGGAUUUCAAGUCAUCCAACAUAUUACUUGAAGAAAACUUUUUCCCGAAGCUUUCUGAUUUUGGGCUAGCAAAACUUGGUCCUACUGGAGACAAGUCACAUGUGUCCACAAGGGUCAUGGGAACUUAUGGUUACUGUGCACCUGAGUAUGCCAUGACUGGACAAUUGACUGUCAAAUCUGAUGUCUAUAGUUUUGGAGUUGUAUUCUUGGAGCUUAUCACUGGACGUAAGGCUAUUGACAGCACCAAACCUCAGGGAGAACAAAACCUUGUCGCAUGGGCUAGGCCAAUGUUUAAUGAUCGUCGGAAGUUUGCAAAAUUAGCUGAUCCAAGUCUGCAAGGACAAUUUCCAAUGAGAGGUCUGUACCAGGCUUUAGCUGUGGCUUCCAUGUGUAUCCAAGAACAGGCUGCUGCUCGUCCGUUAAUUGGGGAUGUGGUUACUGCCCUUUCUUAUCUAGCAAACCAGGCACAUGAUCCUGGACAAGGUCAUAGAUUUGGAGCAGACAGUAACGAUAGGAGAAAUAAAGAUGAUAGAGGUGGAAGAAUAUCUAGGAAUGAAGAUGGGGCAGGAGGAGGAUCAGGGCGGAAAUGGGAUCACUUGGACGGAGGAUCUGAGAAGGACGAUUCCCCAAGGGAAACAGCAAGGAUGUUAAACAGGGAUUUGGACCGAGAAAGAGCGGUGGCGGAGGCUAAAAUGUGGGGCGAGAAUUGGAGAGACAAGAGAAGACAAAAUGCUCAAGGCAGUUUUGAUGGCACUAAUGGAUAGUCAUUACAUGUCGGAUUCCAGGAUCCCUGACUCAUAAAAGGUAGUCUUGAUCUGAGCUUGUAGUGCGUUUCACUCGAUGCUUGUAAAAAUUGAAAUCUACCAUUUAGUUAAAGAGUGUGAUGGAGCUAAAAGGGAACUGAUUGAGCCACCUCUCUUAGAUUUUCCCUGAAAGAUGUACUUUAUUUUUCAUUGACCCCUUUUUCCAAUUGUUUUCUGAAACAUAAGUUAAGUGGACAAAUGGGAAAAGAUCAAAUAGAGGACAUAUUUCAAAUUUGGGAGUAAAGAAAUCUCUCAAGUUAAAGUUGUGAAAUGCUUAGCUCCGUCUUUUUAGGGACCAAAAAGGAUCAUUUACUGUCUGUAAUCUUGGCUGUAACAUGUUAUACACUAAUCUUGAUCUUUUAUAUGGCAGAAACGAUCGGUAUGUCUCA